CGGGGGCGGGAGGGGGCUGGGGCCCGGCAGCGGCUGGAGCGCUCCAAGCCUUUCGGCGCCGCUCGCCUGUCCUUCAUCUCCGGUUCCUUCCGAGCGCGCAGUGCCCUGGCCCAUCCUUUGCCUCUCAGUCUUGACAGCUCGGCUAACUCCUAUUCACCCUUCGAAACCCAUCUCCGGUCGUACCUGGUUUGUCGCCUCCAUCAGUCCGUGGCCUCCGGCGCAGGAUCGGUGUUUUGUGUUUAAUCUCUGUCCACGCCAGAUAGAACAUAAGGCUUGGCACAGAGUAGGUUAGUCUGCCCUCAAAGGACAGCAAGAAACUGCAUCUUCAAUGGCUUCUUUGGUGGCUUAUGAUGACUCAGACUCAGAGGCCGAGACCGAGGCUGCGGGAAGUGUUAAUGCCACCAGCCAGAUGACGGACACUCGCGAUGUGGUCAAACCCCGAGGGCAGGAUUUUGCACCCGGAGGCCUGGACGUGACGGAAGGGGGAGCACUGGCCACAAAGCCUGGUUCUUGUGAAGACCCAGCUGGCCAUCGUCUCCCGCUGGCUCGGCUCUGGAGAAGUGACCCGGGGUCUUGCCCCAGCCGGAGGCUCCAGUGGCCCAGGACGGAGCCCGAAGUCACCUUCCCCACGAACGAGCCUCCUCGUCCUUCCCUGUGGGCCAGCCACACUCCGGCCGGCCACGUGCCCCUGGCAGCUGCCCAUGUUAAACAGGUAAAACCCUCCUGGGGGACUGCCGGCUCCCCUGAGCUGUCUUUCUGUGCCCAAACCAAAUGUGACACCUCAGGGACAAACGGCAGCUCCCUGCAGAGGAGAAGGCGUGAGGACUGCGUCAUCCCCUACACCCCGAAAAGACUCAGACAGUUGCAAGCAGUAGGUGCCGAAACAGGCAAGAGCAACGAGGCAGAGGCCCGGGGCCCCUGUGCCCGGCGAGCCCCGGCCCCGCUCUGCGUUGCCUCCAGAGUGUCCGAGUUUAUUCAGCCGUAUUUGGACAGCCCGUAUAAAGAAACCAAGAUUCCCAGGAGUGUGCUCUUCCAUCUGAGAGGCCACCGUGGCCCUGUCAACGGUGUCCAGUGGUGUCCAGUACCUUCUCAGAGCCACAUGCUGCUCUCAGCUUCUAUGGAUAAAACCUUCAGGGUGUGGAACGCUGUGGACUCAGGGGGCUGCUUGCAGACCUACUGCCCGCACAGCGAGGCCGUGCGGGCUGCCCGCUGGUCUCCCUGUGGCCAGCGCAUCCUCAGUGGGGGCUUCGACUUUGCCCUGCACCUAACAGACCUCGAAACAGGGACCCAGCUAUUCAGUGGUCAAAGUGACUUCAGGAUCACUACCUUGAAGUUUCAUCCCAAAGACCACAGCCUUUUUGUGUGUGGAGGCUUCAGCUCCGAAAUCAAAGCUUGGGAUAUAAGGACCGGCAAGGUGGUGAGAAGCUACAAGGCAGCCAUCCAGCAGACCUUGGACAUCCUCUUCCUCCAGGAGGGCUCCGAGUUUCUGAGCAGCACAGAUGCUUCGAGCCGGGACUCCGCCGACCGCACCAUUAUCGCCUGGGAUUUCCGGAGCUCCGCCAAAAUCUCCAACCAGAUUUUCCAUGAGAGAUACACCUGCCCCAGCCUCACCUUGCACCCGCGGGAGCCUGUGUUCCUGGCGCAGACCAAUGGCAACUACCUGGCCCUCUUCUCCGCCGUGUGGCCCUACCGGAUGAGCAGAAGGCGGCGCUACGAAGGGCACAAGGUGGAAGGCUACUCGGUGGGCUGCGAGUGUUCCCCGGACGGGGACCUGCUGGUGACGGGCAGCGCUGACGGCCGGGCCCUGCUGUACAGCUUCCGCACUGCCAGCCGAGCGCGGAUACUGCCCGGGCAUGCCCAGGCCUGUGUCGGCACCACCUUCCACCCUGUGCUGCCCUCCGUCCUCGCCACCUGCUCCUGGGAGGGUGAUGUUAAGAUCUGGCACUGAGCCUCCGAGUGUGGAACCUUCCAGACGCCAGCAGGGUCCCAGGCUCCCCUUCUUCUGUGGGGUGGGUUGUGUAAGCACUGAGGUUGGCUGCCUCCACCCCCCUGUAAGCCUCAGUUUCCUCAUCUGUAAAAUGGGGGCAAAGUCCGUUUGUCUCAGGGUCGUGAGGACCACAUUAGUGAAGGCACCUGGCAGGUUGCUGGUGACGCUCAAUAAAUGUGAGUGUUUUGCUA